CUCCGCCGCCCGCGCACACGGCACCCGGAGAACGACGCAACCGAGCCAUGGCGGACGAGAGCGACGGCGCGGCCGUGGAGAGCCCUCGAGAAGAUCCCGAGACUGUCAUCUCUCAAGACGAAGAGGAGGAGGAGGACGACGAGGGGUUCACCUUCGCCCCUCCGACGCGCCUGCCGGGCGGCGGCGCGUUCGGCGACGGCCGCGUGAUCGGGCACGUGUACCCGGUCUUCGGUCGCCCGCGUUCGCCGCCUCCGACGCAGCAGCCUGAGGAGGAGGAGGCGGGCACGGCGACCGUGAGGGUGCCGCUGCGGCAGCUCCUCCUGGCGGAGCGCGGCUCAUCCUCCCCGUCGAGACAAGAACGCCCGGACGACGAAGACGGAGACGAUCUCGACGGGGUGCCGGCGGAGACGUACUGCCUGUGGUCCCCGGGGACAUCGCCCUCCGCGUCCUCGUCCCCGGCGCAGUUCCCGAAGAGCGGGUCGACGGGGUCGGUCCUGCGGUGGCGCCAGCGGCUGCAGGUCGGGCGGAGCCACAGCGACGGCAAGGAGAAGUUCGUGUUCCUGCAGGAGGAUGCGGCCGGAUCCUCAUCCUCCUCCGGGCGCAACGGGAGAGCUGGCGGCGAGUCGCCCGGCGGUAUCCAUAGCUGGAGCUACUACGGCAGAGGCAGGGGAAGCGGCAGGGGGAGCCGCAGGUCGUCGCCGGCGACGUUCCUCCCGUACAAGCAGGACCUCGUCGGGCUCUUCGCCAACGCCAGCGCCCUCCGCCGGAGCUACCACCCCUUCUAACCGUCCCUGGAUGUGGAGCAAAUGGGAUUAGAGACCCCAGUAGUCCUAGCCGUAAACGAUGGAUACUAGGUGCUGUGCGACUCGACCCGUGCUGUUUCUUCUUUCUCUUUCGGAUUGUGAUCAUAUACGGCAGUGUGUAGAAUUCGUUGCUCUGUUCGCGUACAUAAUAGCUGAUAGAUCUAAUCCAAGAAUUACAGCCGAGUUCUGUAGAUAAUUUUUUUUUCUUCAGUCGCAAGUUGUUGCGGCAGAUUCUCUGCAGUUUAAGAUUCAGAAUCAGAAACUGAUGAGCACCCAAUUCCAUGA